AUGAUUGCGGAAACUCUGAAUACGGUGAAAGACCCAAUGUUCUGGUACAACGCCAGCAACAGCACUAACCUUCAGAAUCAAUCAUCCGACACAUACCUUCUGGUUUUCGAGGAUAUCGACCAGUAUUUCAGCAGGAUCAAAAUCACCAACGACACUGAUCCCAGCACAGAUGAUAGGCACCUGUUCAACUGCAGCUACUUGACUAACUCCUCCAAUUUCACAUGUGUCAGUGAGGAUGUGCUGGAAACAUACCGCAAUUACUGGGCGCUCAUUCUAGUUUUGUUUCCUAUUUUUACAUUGUUCGGGAAUGUACUCGUGAUUCUUAGUGUUUAUAGGGAGAGGACCCUCCAGACUGCCACUAACUACUUCAUCGUGAGUUUGGCGCUGGCUGAUCUUCUUGUUGCUGUCGUUGUAAUGCCGUUUGCUGUUUAUGUAUUGGUGAGUAAUCAUUGUUGA